AUGGAGAUUGACUCAAACAAUGACAAUCCUUCAUUAAAUCGUGAAGAAGCUGAAGAACCCAAGAGGGGAAUGACUUUUAGCUCAAAAGAAGAAGUUUACACAUUUUAUGCCAAAUAUGCUGAACGUGGAGGAGGAAAAAAAAAAUCAGAAGUAAACCCUCUCAAGCCAUCCUUGUCCACAAAAAUUGGUUGCAAAGCAAAGGUACGAGCAAGUCUACAAAAAGAUGGGAGAUUUAUGUUAACCACAAUUAUACUUGAACAUAAUCAUGACUUGUUUCCUACUGACUUUCGACAUUUUAAAAGUAAUAAGAGGCUUCAUACUUCUAUGAAGAGAAGAUUGGAAGUAAAUGAUCAAGCAGGGAUUGGGGUGUCUAGCGAUUUUCAUUCACUAGUUGAUGUAGUUGAGGGAUAUGUACAAUUGACAUUUGAUGAACGAGAUUGCGACGAUUACAUUGAGAGAGCGAAAAGAUUGAGGAGGCUUGCGGUAGGGGGUGCCAAUUUAAUUCAAGAUUAUUUUUUAAGGAUGAAAAAACAAAAUUCAAACUUCUUUUAUGUAAUGAACUUUGGUGAUGAUGGGUAUGUUAGGAAUUUCUUUUGGGCGGAUGCAAGGAGUAGGGUGACUUAUGAAGCGUUUGGGGAUGUUGUCACAUUUGACACAACCUAUCUUAUGAACAAAUAUGAUUUGCCGCUUGCUCUAUUUGUAGGAGUUAAUCACCACGGGCAAUCCAUUUUGUUUGGGUGUGGGUUGUUAUCUAGUGAGGACACUAAUACAUAUAUUGUCUUUCCAGAAGCUCGGCAUCGAUGGUGCUUAUGGCAUGUAAUGAAGAAACUUCUAGAGAAAUUGAGAGGAUAUUCUCAAUAUGAACCCAUAAAGUUGGCUUUGCAAAAUGUAGUUUACGACUCUUUCACAAAAGAUGAAUUUGAGCAUAAAUGGAAAGUAAUGAUUUCAAACUUCAAUCUUUAUGAUAAUGAGUGGCUGAGGGGAUUAUAUAAUGAGAGGCAUCGGUGGGUUCCAGUCUAUGCCAAAGACAUGUUUUGGGCUGGCAUGUCAACCAUGGAACAAAGUGAGAGCAUGCAUGUAUUUUUUGAUGGAUAUGUCAAUUCAAAGACUACUUUAAAGCAAUUUGUCGAACAAUGUGACAAUGCUUUGACGAGUAAGGUUGAGAAAGAAAACAAAGCAGACUUUAAAUCUUGA